AUGGGCUCCAUCAUCUGGGAUGACGACAAUCAAUAUGUCGGCAAAGAACCGUGGUGGAAAGCUGCGUCCUUCUACCAGGUCUACCCAGCCAGUUUCAAAGAUUCCGAUGGCGAUGGCUGGGGCGAUUUACCCGGCCUCAUUUCCAAGCUUGAUUAUUUGAGCGAUUUGGGGAUUGACGUGGUCUGGGUCUCGCCCAUCUUUGAGAGUCCCCAGAAAGACAUGGGCUAUGAUGUGUCAGACUACCAGAAGAUAUACGAGCCAUACGGUACCGUCGAAGAUGUCGACGUUCUCGUCGAGGAAUGCCACAGCCGUGGUCUAAAGAUCAUCCUCGACCUUGUCGUCAACCAUACCUCGACUGAGCACGAGUGGUUCAAGGCCUCCAGAUUAUCCAAGAGCAACCCCAAGCGAGACUGGUACAUCUGGAAGCCAGCUCGCUACGACAAGAACGGCAUUCGGCACCCACCGACAAACUGGCGUGGGUACUUUGCAGGUUCUACAUGGACUUGGGAUGAGCAUACCCAAGAGUACUACCUUCACCUCUACGCGCCGGAUCAGCCAGAUCUGAAUUGGGACAACGAUGAGUGCCGGGAGGCCAUCUAUGAGAAUACUAUGCGCUUCUGGCUCGACCGUGGUGUGGAUGGCUUCCGCAUUGACACGGUCAACAAGUACUCAAAGCGACGCGACUUCGUUGACGCCCCUAUCACCGACCCAGAUUCUCCCCAUCAGCCCGCCCCAGAGAUGUGGUGCAACGGACCUCGCAUUCAUGAGUUCAUCCAUGAGAUGUACGAGCAAGUCCUCGGCCCUUACAACGCUGUCUCAGUCGGCGAGCUCUCCCUCACUCCACACCCUUCCCAAGUCAUCCCCUACGUGUCCCGAGCUGCCAGGGAGCUCGACAUGGUCUUUGAGUUCUCCAUGAUCCGCCUCGGCAAUGGCAAUGGCUUCGGCAGCAAGUACAUCUAUGAUCCUUUCCCGCUAUCCAAGCUCAAGGAGUUUGUGCACAGGUGGCAGAGCUUCAUCGAGGGCACUGAUGCGUGGACGACGGCCUUCUGCGAGAACCAUGACAAUGGACGUGCAGUGGAUCGUUUUGGGGAUGUUUCAUCAGCAGAGUGGUGGUUGAAAUCUGCAAAGACAAUCGCUCUUUGGCAGACGACGCUCACUGGUACACUUUUCCUGUACCAGGGCCAGGAGAUUGGCAUGACCAAUAUGCCUCGGUCUUGGGGUAUUGAAGAAUACAAGGAUAUCGAAAGCACCAACUUUUACGCUGAGGCCGUCGAGUCUGGGGAUGAGGAGAAGGUCCGGGCCACCAUGCAUGGCUUGCAGAUCAUGGCUCGUGACCAUGCCAGAAUUCCAUUCCAGUGGGAUAGUUCUCCGAAUGCUGGCUUUACGGAUGCUCAAAUACGACCCUGGAUGCGUGUCCAUGAGAAUUAUUGUGAUAUCAACGCAGCCGCACAGGUCAAGGAUCCUGACUCAAUUCUGAGUUUUUACAAGCAUACUCUGCAACUACGCAAGGAGUACCAGGAUUUGUUUGUAUUUGGCUCAUUCAAACUGCUGGAUCCCGCCGACGAGCACACGUUCACUUACAUCAAGGAGAGUGCAGUGCCUAUAAAUGCACAGGAGUCAACAAAGAGGAGAGCUCUUGUUGUUUUGAAUAUGUCACAGGAAACCAGGCUUGGCCCCGAUAUUUAUACUGCCCUUGGCUGCUCAGACAACCAAGUCCGGUUAUUAGCUCGCACAACAACCAAAGGGACUGCAGAGAUAAAGAGUGGACGUCCAGCACUUGAGGGAUGGGAGAGUAGGGUCUAUGUUAACUUUUAA